AUGUCUCGACACGAACCACCACCCCAAAUGGAUCCGAUAGCUCCUACAUCAUCAACAUCAAACACUGUGACGCUUCGGCCGAUGCCUCAGCUAGAACAUCUCUGGACGCCUGAAGACGAUUGGACGGGGGUCAGCGAUCGAAUCCACCGUCGUCGGCUGCAGAAUAGGUUGAAUCAACGGGCUUAUCGCAAGAAACAUAAAGCCACUACGAGAGAUUCCUCCUCCUCUACAUCCACCACUCAAACCCAAACCCUAAUUCCCCAUCCCUCCACCACAAUCCACCACCACCACCACCACCCCACAUCAUCCCCAUCAACAACUCCAGAAGAAGAAGAAGAAGAAGAAGAUAAUCACCACUGCCCCCUCGCCCCCAGCAACAUCAACAUCCCCCACGUCCACAAAACCCUCACCACCCUCGCCAUCCAAAGCUACCUCACCAACAGCCCCCGUCUCGAACACCUGCUGAGUCUCUCCCGGCUCAACGUCCACCGAGCCAUCAACGACAACAUCCGCUUACUGGGCAUGACACCCGCGCACCUCCGACCCGACGACGCCCUCUCAAUCUUCAACACCCCAUCCCCAUUUCCAAAAAACAUCGAUAUCUCCACCCUCCCGGAGAGUCUCCGCCCCACGCCCCUCCAACGCCUCAUCCCGCACCACCCCUGGCUGGACUUCUUCCCGUUCCCCGAGAUGCGGGACCGGUUGAUUGUCGCGGCGGCGACGGGCUACCUGGAUGAGGACGAGCUGUGUCGGGAUCUCAUGGCGUUUUGGGAUACCCGGAACUCUGGGGCGACGUUGGUGGUGUGGGGCGUGCCGUGGGAUCCACGGAAUUGGGAGGUCACCGAGGCGUUCUUGGGGAAGUGGAGGUGGGUGGUGCUGGGGUUGGGCGGGUUGAGGAGGAGUACGGAUUAUUGGAGGGGGAGGAGGGGGGAGGGGAGGUUGGUUUUUUGA